UGAACUAGCCAAAAAAAGGUCAGAAUUAGCUUGAAGGUGAUCUUUUUGACUCAGAAAACCCUUCUUAGCCAGUCUGCAAUCUUUUGUGCCAAAAAUACAAGUGUUGAACUGCCCAGAGGCAAUUUCAGAAAUCUUUUUAGGUCUUCAGAGCCAGUCUGAUCUGUCCAGAAUGGGGAGAAGAGAGUGAGCCACAAUUUACUGAGUAUCCAGUAUACGCUAAGCAUUGUGCUGGGCACUGUGCAAAGUGUUAUUUCAUUCAAUCCUUAGAACAGUGAUGUCGUGUAUAUUAUCUUCUUUUUCAUGGAAUGGAAACCUGAAAGUCCAAGACCCAAGGACUUCUGAGUAGCUGCUAUGUGGAACACUAGAUCAUUCUGGCUCUGUGUGACUUCAGAGGUCACAUGUUUCCCGUUAGAUAACCUUGUAUGAUAUCAUACCUGGUCACUUUUAAGUCCAAAAUGCCUUUGCAAAAAUUUUAGUAACAUUCACAAAGCUUGGGGUAGUCUAGACAUUGGAGUUGAAGUUAGGAGACCUAUGUUCUAAGCUGUGCAAGUGAGUUAAACUCAUUGGUUCUGUUCAGUGCUUUAGCAAACUUAACACAGACAGUGAAAGGUCUGAGCCUAUAUUUUUGGAUCAACAAGUCAGAUAACUGUCUAAAGUUACAGUCUGAAGAGUGCAAACUAUGAUUAAUAUUGAUGGUGGUAUCUGUACCUUCAGUUGUGGUAUUUCAUUUGUUAACACUUCUUUUUGGUGGUUUGCUUUGGGAACAAACUGUUAAAUGUUGCUGUCACCAUGAAUAGAAAACAAAACUCAUGAAGAUCAUUUGAUCAUUUGUAGACUUACAUAUAUGAUUCUUCCCCCCGAUCACUAAAUACGUUAAAUUUUGGUGCAGUAGAAGUAGGUUCAUCUGUCUUUGAAUUCCAUUCAAGUGGGUUUAGAGAAUUCUAGAAGAGUGAUGUCAUUGGUGACAGUAUUUUCUCCUGUACCUGAAAUGAUACAAAAGCAUAGUUAUAGAAAUGACUAACUUUUUUGAAAUUAAAGUAAAGAGGAAAUAAGGUAGCACAAUGUCUUCUUGCAUCAUUCUCCUUGCAGAAUUCGGAGUUGCUUUCUGCUUCCUCAUUUAUUUGGAGGGGGACCUCCCAAAUGGUUAAGUAUUAUCUGGACCUGGUUUUCAAUUCUUAGCUCUUAUUUAUGAAUAACUUGGAGCCAAGUGAGAUGCUCUGAUAAGACGUGCUCAAGCUUUUAGUUGUACCCAAACGGACAUUUUCUUGAGAGGCAUUCUGUUACAUAUCCUUAAUACUGGCAACCUGCACCUGUGAAGGUAGAAGGUAUAACAUAGGAAGGCCAUCAUCUGUAAAGUGUCAUGCUUUAUAGUGUGCAAAUAGAAUUCUGAAUGUUUGUAGAGGCUCUGCCCUUAUCAACAAAAUAGCCAUAUUUGCAUGGGAGCUCACAGAUCUGCACUAAGGCACUCUGAGGAAAUACACUGUAGCAGCUCUUGGGGACUAGAAUUCAGGAUUUUUGAGCACAAAGUGAACCACUCAGUUCUUCAUUAUGUCUGAUGGAGACUAUGAUUACCUCAUCAAGUUUUUAGCUUUGGGAGACUCUGGAGUAGGGAAGACCAGUGUACUUUACCAGUACACAGAUGGUAAAUUUAACUCCAAAUUUAUCACGACAGUUGGCAUUGAUUUCAGGGAAAAGAGAGUGGUGUACAGAGCCAACGGGCCAGAUGGGGCCAUUGGCAGAGGCCAGAGAAUCCACCUGCAGUUAUGGGACACAGCAGGUCAGGAGAGGUUUCGCAGCUUGACAACCGCAUUCUUCAGAGAUGCUAUGGGGUUUCUUCUGCUUUUUGAUCUGACCAAUGAGCAAAGCUUCCUCAAUGUCAGAAACUGGAUAAGCCAGCUACAAAUGCAUGCAUAUUGUGAAAACCCAGACAUAGUGUUAUGUGGAAAUAAGAGUGAUCUGGAAGACCAGAGAGUAGUAAAAGAGGAAGAAGCCAGAGGACUUGCAGAGAAAUAUGGAAUCCCCUACUUUGAAACUAGUGCAGCUAAUGGGACCAACGUAAGCCUAGCAAUUGAGACGCUCCUGGACCUGAUAAUGAAGCGAAUGGAACGGUGUGUGGACAAGUCCUGGAUUCCUGAAGGUGUGGUGCGUUCCAACGGCCAUACCUCUGCAGAUCCUUUGAAUGAAGAAAAGGAGAAGGGGUCAUGUGGUUGUUGAAGAGUCCAGUGAGCUACACAGUAAUUCCAGUGGCCCAGGUCUGUGACUUCCUCUAUGGCGAUACAUGACACAGAGAAAGAUAAAUGGGCAUUGUGUACAAACUGUUUCUCACCCCUCAAUUAGGCCUAUCAGUCAAGCAUCCAGUUUUAAAAUUACUUUGCUGCAACCUUGUAAAUAUUGCUUUAAGAUUCAGCCUGAGAGUUAGGAGAACUAUUCCCCAUAGCCAAAAGUGCCUUAUCAAGUCUUAGCCCAGGGCAGUAGAUCCUUCAAGGGUUCAGGAUUCUGUAGGCACAGAACAGUGCAUUUACUUUGUAGAGUGACAGAAGAUACCAUCGCCUGCCUUAAUGUAAGUAAGCCCAGAGUCUCACAUUCAGGAUCUUGAUACAUUGAUAAAACUCUCAGUCUUUAAUCAAAUUUUGAAAACCUGACUUGCACCAUAGGUGACUUUCUGAAAUGCCAUGUAAACCAUUUGAAUGUUAAAUAUGAAUAUAUGCAAACGAUGGUUCAGUGUUUGUGAGUGUUAAUUUAUGUAAGCAUUCUCUUUAAAAUGACUAUAGGACAAAUUAUUGGCCUUAUCUAUAGACCCUGGAGAAACUGGACUGACCAGUUAUGUACUCACUGUGACUAUUGUUUGUGGGAAAGGGAUUGGGAGUGAGGGCUAGGGUGGCUUAAUAUUGUAUGAGCAAUGGAAAUGGGACUUCUGGCUCCCUGCUGGAUUCUCUUUGCUCCGACAGGUUGAUUGAAGGGCCAGGGAACUAGAUUUUUAUGGCUUUAGUUCAUUGUGAUCUGUGCAUUUAUACUUGGCUUAUAUGCUGGCCACAUCUGAAUGUAGCUGGUGCUUAUGCUAAAGUUAUUUGUGAUAAGUAAACACAUAGCUUCGUUUUCUUCAUAUUUAUAAUGUUGUUCUGGCACCCUCAGAUUGUAGUUUCAAUUAGCUUGAGAACUACUAAUCUUCUAUUUUCACCAUCAGGCUCUCUGUUGUUCAUCUUUGCAACUUUUUUUUUUAAAUUGGGGGAAUUAGUUUUUAAUUACAUAAAAUGGCUGUUUACUACUUGGAGUCUGGAUGUUUGUACCUAAGCAGUUACAUCUGUAUUCUAGCUCGAUAUAAGAAAAAUGAAAUGUUCCAUAGCCAUGGGCCUUUACUGUACCUGCUGGAUCUUACCAAGGUCAUGUAUUCUUCUGCUUUGCCAAAGUGUCUUUUUACCAAAUUAAAGGUGGUUUCAAAAUUGGCUUCAUGGCAAUUGUUUAUAAAAAUCAAAGGGGAAAAUUCUUAUUUAUUAAAGUAGUUUAAGUAAAGUAGAUUAAAAUUUCCAAAGAGUGGAGUUCCUGUCGUGGCGCAGUGGUUGACGAAUCCGACUAGGAACCAUGAGGUUGCAGGUUUGGUCCCUGCCCUUGCUCAGUGGGUUGAUGAUCUGGCGUUGCCAUGAGCUGUGGUGUAGGUUGCAGACGCGGAUCCCGAGUUGCUGUGGCUCUGGCGUAGGCCGGUAGCUACAGCUCCGAUUCAACCCCUAGCCUGGGAACCUCCAUAUGCAGCGGGAGCGGCCCAAGAAAUAGCAACAACAACAACAACAAAAGACAAAAGACAAAAAAAAAAAAAAAAAAAAAAAAAAUUUCCAAAGAGCUUAAUGGCUAUUUAGGAAGAAAUACCACCCAUUAUAAUUUAAAUAAAGAAUAAAAAUAAACAUCUUGUGGUGACAAAUGUUUGGCAAAACUGUAAUUAGAAAAAGGCAACUCUGAUGGAAAUUAAUUACUUUUACAUGAUAAUUUUCUUUUUUUUCUUCUUUUUUUUUUGUGUGUGUGUCUUUUUGUCUUUUUAGGGCUGCACCCUCAGCAUAUGGAGGUUCCACGGCUAGGGGUCUAAUUGGAGCUGCAGCUGCCGGCCUACACGGCAAUGGGCAAUGCCGGAUCUCCAAUCCACUGAACUAGGCCAGGGAUCAAACCUGCAUCCUCGCAGAUCCUAGUUGGGUUUGUUAACUCCUGAGCCAUGAAGAGAACUCCUCAAAUAGCUGUUUAAUUGAGGAUUUGUCCUAUUUUUUUUUUUUUUUUUUGCCACUGUCCUCCCACCAUCCCCGUAAAGAAACUACCUGUUAAAAAAAAAUUAACUUAUUAAGAUCUUAUAUAUUUCUAUCCUUGAAAUGCGAACUUUUAAAAAUACUAAGAAGUCUUGAGUCCUGUGUAUUCGAAUUGUGUAUUAUAGUGAGGAAAAUAUCCAGACAUUUGAAGGACAGAGUCAUAAUCACAAGCAGUGCCUUCUAAAGUUGCCAUAAGACUUAAGUGGAGUCAAUCAUACUUUUGUAGCUACAUAUCAGGGAAUAUUUUAUAUAGUUUAUUUGUAUAGUUAAAAAGAAGACAGUAUCUAUAUGUCUGAGCCUAUCAACCAAAUGAGCAGUUAGCUACAGAGUCCAUUGGCCUUAAUCAUAGUAUGCAACUAAGCAUACACAUGCUAUACUGCACACAAAAGAGUCAUCUUUAAUUAUUGAAUAAAUAACUUGUAGUCUCUUUGGAAAUUCAUUCAUUUAAAUUUAUAUUGAAAUACCAUCUUUUUGGGUGUCAAUGCAUUUUUCUAUUUACAAGCUUGUAUAAAAGUGAAGUGUAUCUUCAGGGAACUUUGUGCCAAUUAAGCUUAUAAUAAAAAAGUGGUUUAAUCUGUCAA